GGAAUGCAGCAGGAACAAGCAGAGGGUGGUCAGUGUUUAGGUUUUAGUUUCUAUGUUAGGCUGAUUACUAGGGUAAAAUCUGCACUGGGACGCCCUCCUGUUUAGGCGAGGAGAUUUCUAACCAUGUACUGACGUCCUCGCACAAAGUUUUGACUCGAAACUAUUAAUAAAGUAACUAUCAAUAGAGAACUUUAGCUAUCAACAAAUGUUCUAAAGGAAAAAAACCUUUUCAUUUUGGCCAUGAAGAGCUCAGCUUUGUGGGUUAUAGUGGAAUGUGCCAGCAGAGUUCUUGGCAUCUCGACUGCUGCAGUGCUUUGUGCAGUGGGUCUAGAGACUCAGAGACAGGGGGAGUUCAACAGCUUGGCCGUCUAUCUCCUGCUCUCUUCGGUGCUGAUCAUGAUUUUUGAAGUCUCCUAUUUCAUUGACACUCUGUUGGCAAUGUGCCUUCCUUGUCCACCUACAUGUAAGAUUUUCAUUCUUUGGAAGAAGAUGGCCAAUGUUGGGGGUUUUCAGAAGUUUCUAUACUACACUAUGAUGUCUUUGAUGUGUUUCCUGCAUCCAGUGCUUGUAUGGCAUGCUGUAAUACCAGGAAUUAUGCUGGUUGUGACUGGAUUCUUUAACUUCAUACUGAGCAAAAAGAAGAAGUCAGAUUCGCCUAAAGAGUCCAGGUCAUCGUAUAGAGACCCGGCUCUGUCUUCUGUCUGUGUCACAGACAGAGAGGACACUGAACACACAUUCUCUUUCUUCCACAUCAUUUCAGGCAAAAGAGCAUCUUUUUUUCCUAGCAAUAGCCAACUGCAUGGCCCCACAGAGAGGGCUCAGACAGCGAAGAAUACCCAACACAAGAACAGACAAACAGACACAAGAAAUGUGCACUUCAUUGAGAGUCUCAGACAUAAUGAUGAUGAAAUGGAAGAGUACCAUGAAGUGGAACCAGAGGAUAGCAUGUCUGAUAAAGCACCAAUGAUUAGACUGUAAACACAGUGUAUUGUUGGCUAUUUCUACAAAUAUAUCCAUGCUACUUAUGAUCAAAUAUGGUGAAUUGUUGCUCAAGUAACAUUUAUUAUUAUCAAUGUUGAAACUGAAAUGAAUUGUGACUUUUUUUUUUUACAUGGCUAAUGGAUGAAGUGUAAAAGAAUAGCAUUUAUUUGAGGCUUUAAUGUCACUUUUGGUCAAUUUAAUGCAUCCUUGCUGAACAAUGACAUUGUAAAUACAAAAAUGAUAAACAAUCAGCAGCAGAUCAAAAGCAAAUACACAGUAAAAGUACUGAGUAACCUUAAAAAAAAUGUUUUAUGUAGUAACAUCUAAAUUUACUGGUUUUAUUAAAGUGUAAUGUAAUAUCACUGAA